AUGAUAGGAGGAAUUUUUCUUUAUAAUCACAAAGGAGAAGUCUUGAUUUGUCGUUUUUUUCGUGAUGAUAUCACGAGAGAUGCCGUCAAUGCUUUCCGAGUGAAUGUUAUACAUGCUAGACAACAGGUUCGCUCACCUAUUGCCCUUAUUGGUGGAGUCUCUUUUAUGUACAAAAAAAUCGGAGCAGUAUGGGUAGUAGCAGCGACUAAGAAAGAUGCCAAUGCUCCUGCUGUUUUUGAGGUUCUUCAAAAGUUGUCUGUGACAAUGGUUGACUAUUUUGGGAAAAUAACAGAAGACUCGGUCAGAUCUAAUUUUGUUCUUAUUUAUGAGUUGUUGGAUGAACUUGUCGACUUCGGUUACCCCCAAUUAACAGAUGCAUCAAUAUUGAAAACUUACAUAACACAGUCAGGAGUUCGGGCUGUUACUCGUGAAGAACAACAACAGAUCACAAGUCAAGUCACCGGCCAAAUCAGUUGGAGAAGAGAGGGAAUCAAGUAUCGUAGAAAUGAAUUAUUUAUUGAUGUCGUUGAAUAUGUUAACCUUCUGAUGAGUCAACAAGGACAAGUCCUAUCUGCUAAUGUUGCUGGAAAAGUAAUCAUGAAGUGUUUCUUAUCCGGAAUGCCUGAGUGCAAAUUUGGAAUAAAUGACAAAAUUACAAUGUUGAAUUCUGCAGGCAGCAGGUCUCGUUCAGAAGACCCCACUAAACCACCACGUGUUAUGAUUGCUAUUGACGACAUACAGUUCCAUCAAUGUGUUCGCCUAGGAAGGUUCGAAACUGAACGAACUAUCUCUUUUGUCCCUCCUGACGGUCAGUGUGAGCUCAUCAAAUACAGGACAACACAGGAUAUCAAACUACCGUUUAGAGUAAUUCCAUUAGUUAGAGAAGUCAGUAAAUCUCGUUAUGAGAUCAAGGUAGUGCUCAAAUCCGAUUAUAAACCAAAUUUGCUAGGGCAAAAAAUUGAAGUCCGGAUCCCCACUCCUCCUAACACAUGCAAUGUCAGUGUUCUUUGUCUUAAAGGAAAGGGAAAAUACAAGUCUGGAGAGAACGCUAUUGUGUGGAAAAUCAAACGUCUAGCAGGAGGUAAAGAGUUACAAAUUUCUGCUGAAAUUGAAGUUCUUACGAUCGGUGCACAGGCUAGCAAACGUUGGGAUAGACCUCCGGUUAGUGUCAGUUUCGAAGUACCAUUUGCUCCCAGUGGUUUCAAGGUGCGAUUUUUGAAGGUUUUCGAACCGAAAUUAAAUUAUUCUGAUCAUGAUGUCAUAAAAUGGGUCCGUUACAUGGGUAGGUCCGGACUCUAUGAAACAAGGUGUUGA